AUGGUGGUGCACAUUGAGGGUAGACUGGUAGGUCUGAGAUUGGUUGCUGCUGGCCCGGUCGGGCGGUACGAAGCUGCUGCGCUUCCCGCAAAAUAUGUUGUCCUUGACAAGGAGGGCAUCCCACCCGACCAGCAGCGUCUCAUCUUCGCCGGCAAGCAGCUCGAAGACGGUCGCACCCUCUCCGACUAUAACAUCCAGAAGGAGUCGACUCUUCACUUGGUCCUUCGUCUGCGUGGCGGUGGCAAGAAGCGCAAGAAGAAGGUCUACACCACCCCGAAGAAGAUCAAGCACAAGCGCAAGAAGACAAAGCUGGCUGUGCUCAAGUACUACAAGGUCGACGGUGAUGGAAAGAUCGAGCGCCUGCGUCGCGAGUGCCCAACCAAGGAGUGUGGCGCUGGUGUCUUCAUGGCUGCCAUGCACAAUCGCCAGUACUGCGGCAAAUGCCAUCUAACCUACGUCUUCGACGAGUCCAAAUAG